AUGCAGGUGGAUCCCAGUGGAGAUCAGGCCUUGCCCAGGCCUACCCUGGCUCCCCAGGCUAGGGCAGCUCAGGAUCCAGUGAAUCCCAGCUGGGAUUCGUUGGAUGGGGAUGAUCUUUCCAGGGAGUUGCAGAAUCUGAUUGAGAGGGCCAUUUCCUCUGGCAUUGCUGCUGGCCUACAGCAGCAGGCUGCCCAGUCCUUAGCAUCAGACCAGUGCAAGUCCUCCAGGCCUAGCUCCUCUCAGGCACAUCCUCCUCCUGCUCCACCAGAUUUCUCCCAGGCAUUGCAGCUACUCACCGUGGACCCACCUGUGGUCGCUUUAGCAUCACCUACCUUCCUGGUGGCCAAGGAUGUGGCUGGCAACCUUAAGGCAGAUGACAGGAAAGCAGAGAUGACACUAAGGAAGAUGUUCCAGUCAGUGGCCUGGGCCAUCAAGGCAGCGGCCUCUGCCUCGUUCUUCAAUCUUACGGCUAUCCUGUGGAUGGAGAAGAUCCAGGAACGUAUCCCUCCAGAAGAUGUACGGCUCCACCAGGACCUAAACAAGUUAGUGGCGGUGGCACAGUUCUUGGCUGAUGCCACGUUGAAUGCCAUGAAGUUCCCCACGUGGAAUCUCCCUACUGUGUUGCGGACUCUCAUGGCUGAACCCUUUGAGCCGUUGAGGAUGGUUAGCCUGAAGCUCCUAACCCUUAAAGUGGUGUUUUUCGUGGCUAUCACGUCGGCUAGGAGGUUGUACUUCCAGAUUUUCGACCAGAUCCGGUUAGGGAACGUGAACAGCAGUGGCACAGUUGAUGGGGUGUGUGUAUAUAAAUGCUUGGUUAAUAAAGAUACUGAAUAUUGCCGUGUAGGAAAAGAAUCCAUUUUGAUAACACUUGGUUACAACAGCGCCUUACUACAAUUCACAUCACAUUCUGAAUAUAACAUGUUUUCAAAUACACUGAACAGCUGUAGGAAUAUAAAUAAGGAACAUUCUGUAUUCAGUCAGAGAACAGAAGACUCCUCUGCAUCUCAGUAUUUUCAGUUUUAUGGAUGCUUAUCUCAACAACAAAAUAUGAUGCAGGAUUUUGUAAGGACAGCUACAUAUCACAGAGCAAUACUUCAGAAUCAUACAGAUUUUAAAGAUAAGAUUAUCUUUUGUUCACCAGGAAUGAUGUUUCCAACAUUUAGUGACAUUCAUUUGGCUCCUUUUUCCGAUGAACAACUCUACAUGGAACACUACUCCAGAGCCAAUUUUUGGUAUCAGCAAUGUUUUUAUGGGGUAAAUCUAUCCAGUCUCCGUAAUGCAGCUGUAGAUGAGUACUUCAGACAGCCCAUUGUAGACACAUUUGACAUUAGAAUUUUGAUGGCCCGGACUGUGAAAUACACUGUCAGUUUUCUAGAAGCUGAAGAGGAAGAUUUGCAUAGAGUGGAAAUCCCUUUUGUAUUUCAAAUGAUGCAAUCUGGAUUAAUUCACGGCUUGGCAUUUUGGUUUGAUGUGGCAUUUGUUGGCUCACUGGUAACCGUUUGGCUCUCCACUGCUCCAACAGAGCCUCUGACCCAUUGGUAUCAAGUGCGCUGCCUUUUUCAAACUCCUCUCUUUGCCAAAGAAGGGGAGACACUUUCAGGGGAAGUCUUAUUUGUAGCAAAUAAACGGCAGAGUUAUGACAUCCAGAUUGUUGCCAUAGUGGAUGAGACAGGCUUUAAAUCAGGAAAUGUGCUUGAUUUAAAGAAUCCAUUCUUUAGGUAA